AACAAAACACAAUAACAAGAAUAGCGCCUCAGCAUCUUUCUCCCUCUCUCUGUCUCUCGAAGGAGCUCUUUGGGUUUGGAGUUCGGCAUUUUGUUAUCUGAAAUUUGCUGGUCAUUUUGUCUAGACAAUUUGGAAGAGCUAGGUUUUGUUGGAUCAUUGUGGGUUAUAAGCACAGCAAUGAGUAACCAUCCACUGGAACUUGGGGGGACUGCUUCAGGUAAAAGAAGACUAAAAGAGCUAUUGCUUCAAAGUGACAAUCGUGUUUGUGCUGAUUGUGGUGCCCCAGAUCCUAAAUGGGCGUCUGCAAAUAUUGGAGUUUUUAUAUGCUUGAAAUGUUGUGGUGUACAUAGGAGCCUCGGUACCCAUAUAUCUAAGGUUUUGUCUGUGACGCUGGAUGAGUGGUCUGAUGAUGAAAUUGAUGCAAUGGUUGAAGUUGGAGGAAAUACUUCUGCUAAUUCAAUUUAUGAGGCUUUCAUCCCAGAAGGAUAUGCAAAGCCUGGACCAGAUGCCUCUCAUGACCAGCGUGCGAAAUUUAUUCGGGCUAAGUAUGAGCUUCAAGAAUUUUUGAAGCCCAGCCUGCGGAUUGUGUCACUUCCUACAGGAAAAAGUUCUCUCCAGUCAACUGUUUCCAGAAAGAUUCUGGGGGGUUUUGGAUCAAAUUCUUCUCAAAAUUCGGAAGGCAUGGUAGAAUUUAUUGGAUUAUUGAAGGUCAAAGUGAUAAAAGGCACAAAUUUAGCCAUCCGAGAUAUGAUGUCAAGUGAUCCUUAUGUUAUCAUAACUCUUGGGCAGCAGACUGUUCAGACGACUGUUGUAAGGAGCAACUUGAACCCGGUCUGGAAUCAGGACCUCAUGCUGUCUGUUCCUCAGCGUUUUGGACCCUUGAAGUUGCGCGUGUUUGAUCACGACACGUUUUCAUCCGAUGAUAUUAUGGGAGAAGCAGAGGUCGAUCUCCAGCCCUUAAUAACAUCAGCAAUGGCAUUUGGAGAUGCAGGGAUGUUUGGGGACAUGCAGAUUGGAAAAUGGCUGAAAUCGCAUGACAAUGCCCUGAUAGAUGACAGCACUGUUAACAUUGUUGAUGGCAAGGUGAAACAGGAGGUGGCCCUCAAGCUCCAGAAUGUGGAAUCUGGGGAACUAUAUCUAGAACUAGAAUGGAUGCCUCUUGACCAAUAGAUGUGACACAACAUUUUUGGAUAAGUACGAAGCCAAAGAUGAGUAUUUAGUUCUUCAGAGGAUAUCAACAAAAGAGCAGUUGGGGGAACUCAGAUUUGCAUAGUGAAAUACAGGUACAAAAAUUAAAUGCCAUUAGCUUUUAUUUGACAUACAAUGAGGUUGGCGUCGCAUACCCGAUAUUAAUUCGACGUGAAAUUAGCGAGUUAGUGUGAAGGGUGUGAUCUGUUUAAUUAAAGGGUUAAAUACUUUGUUGGUACUUGGGUUUGCAUAUUUUUAUUUUUUCUUACAUGUGGUUCAAAUCUUAUUAUAAAUGGUACGUGACUUACGGGAAAAGACAAACUUAAUACCUCCGUUAGCCUAAACUAACGGAAUGCCAUGUGUUGUCACAUAAAAAUGCCACGUAUCCUAAUACAUAUUAAAAAAUAAAAAAAUAAUUAAUUAAAAAACUAAAAACCUUUAAAAAAAUAAAAAUAAAAAUUAUGGGGUCUCCUUUUUGGCCGGCCACCCCAUAAAUUUUUAUUUAUUUAUUAGGUUUUAGUUUUUUAAUUAUUAAUUAUUUUUAAUUUUUAGGACAUGUGGCAUUUCUAUGUGAUGACACGUGUGACUAAAUCUAACUAAGUUGAUAUUUUCUUGUAAGUUAGGUACCAUUUAUAAUAGGAUUUAAACCUCAGGUAAGAAAAAUAAAAAUGUGCAAACCCAUAAUUAAAUUGGUCA